AUGAAAACAAGUAAUAGAUACCUUAGCAGGUUGCCAAAUUCAGAUUGUGGCCAUUCUGACCUCACUGCUUCACUGGAGAACACCAUAAUCAAAAGUCCAGACUAUCCAUCGGAUUAUGGAGAUAACUUGAACUGUUCAUGGACAAUAAAAGUGUCAUUUUUGAGCUAUAUAGUGAAGGUGUUAUUCAAUGACUUCUUGUUGGAAGAGGGGUACCCAUGUGAUGAUGUGCUUACGUUUUAUGAUGGUAUGAAUGAGACGUCAAGCCUUCUUGGAUCAUAUUGUGGUACAAUCCAUCCAGAAGUUAUUUAUUCCACUGGCCAAUACCUGUAUAUCAAAUUUGGCACAGACAACAUGGUUAAUUACAAAGGGUUCAGCUUAAGUUUGACAGCUGUUAAAAAAGAGGAAGCAUUUGGAAUAUGUCGUCUGUCACGAUCAAAUGGGGGUGACGAGAUCAAUAGGCUCGGUGGCUUUUCUGGAACAUUCUUCACCCCUGACUACCCUGUUCCUUACCCAAAUGACGCCAGGUGCAAUUGGAUCAUCUCUGUACCUUCUGGCAAAAGAGUGAAGCUGAAAUUUGAAGACUUUGAUUUUGACCCAGUUUCUUCCAGUUGCAAAAAACGCACCAACGAGAAAGACUAUGUGCAGAUUGGCAGUGGCCAGGUCCCAGGAAAAAACGCGCUUGCUCUUUACUGUGGAUACGCCGCGGCCAGUGCUUUGGACUUUUAUUCCACUGGGAGGCACAUGUGGGUGAAGUUUUAUUCCAUCUCGUCAAAUCGUUCUGAAAGCUCAAAAGGUUUUAAAGCUCAUUUUGAAGCUGUGGAUCUUUCUCCCUCUUCCAAGGAGAUGUGUUUUCCAGGUAACGUCUACAAUAACAAGCUGACUUUAAGUGGCUCUUUUGGAUCUCUACGAAGUCCACAGGAUUACAACUGGUACCGCUCAGGUUUGAGUUGUGAUUGGCUCAUCACUGUGCCAGAAGGGAAGAUUGUGAAACUCAAAUUCGAUAAACUUGAUUUGAAGCCAAGCUCUGGAUCCCAGUGCACAGCAGAUUAUGUGGAGGUUCUAGAUGGCAAGCCCAAUACUGGUGAGAGUAAAGGAAAAUUUUGUGGUGAUGGGAAACCGGAGGACAUUCGCUCCAGUGAUCGCUACAUGUGGGUGCGUUUUAGAACAGAUCCCCAGAAUUCAGAUUACGAGGGAUUUAAGGCCACUUACACAGCAGCGGAUAAAUCCAGAUCUUGGACUGUGAUCGUUACUGCCAUUGUUGCCGUUGUGGUAUGUUUUAUUGCACUUGCUCUCUGUGUCGUGGUGAUCAUAAAGCGAACGAAGACGCCCAGCAGAGCACUGUCGACCACCACAGCUUUGGCUUCUCGUACCACACAACUAGGAGUGAUACAACACCCCCCUCCCCAUCCUACUCAACAAGCAGCAGCAAAUCCCUACCCAUCACUCCCGGCCCCACCAUACACAUUACCAUCAGAACCACCACCACCCUACCCUGGAGAGGAAACAGCUCCGCCGUACUCACCUCCAGGGCAAUCACGGCUACGUACAUAGAGCACUACUAAUGAACUUGUGAGGUUUGUAAACUGCAUGUAGCAUGUUUUCGGUCUAAUGAUGUAUGAACAUUCGAAAUUCUGCCAGAUUAUACAGGGGUUCUUUGGGAAACCUUCGUAUGCUGUAGAGAAUUUCAUGUGAGGGCGUGUAAAUUACCACGACGUUUACCUGAAACAUGCACCAAAUCGAGGAACAUUUAUCAACUCGGAUAUAAGUUUAUAAUAAACUUUAAUUUUAGUUUUAUUGUAAGCAUAUUUUAUUCUCGAUGUUGUGAAUGUAUUUUCUAAAUUUACUUACCUAUUAUUGCAUGGUAAGGCAGUCUUGAGAUAAAUCCGGCAUUUUGAUUGGUUCUUUGGUGGUCGGGAUUUUGCCAGACGGACCAUUUCCAUGGAAACGACCAUAAAGCCGUGUAUUUUCUGUUUUCGAAAGCCAACAAAUUCGAAGCAAGCAUUGCCCGAUUGCCAUAUAAUAAACUACUUACUAAGCUAGUUUGCUGGAGCCGUACUGGAGAAUAUAGGUUGAGUUGCUUUUGUACGGACCUGGCCGGGCUCGGUGUGUAUUACCGCGACCUAGAGCCAAUAUUUCCCAGAAGGGUCCUCGCGCUCGGUUAGUUAGAGGUUACUGCAUGUUAACUCAAUACUUAAGUCGUGAAACUGGUACGGGCUAUCAAGGUCUAUUUGGCUUCUAGUGGCGGAAAUCAAGCAUAUAUGUAUUAUACGACUACAAAUACAUGUACAGAUAAAUUAUAGAAGGAUGAAAUCAUUUCUUUUUAAUAUAAAAGCAAUCGAGUAUUUUAAAAGUAAUUUAUUAAUAUAUUUUGUUUCAUUCGCCGUGAUUUCAAUUAUAAGCGACCUUUCAAUUAUUUUCAAUCAUAAACUUCAUUUCUUCAAUAUAUGCGUAGUUAAUUUGGGUUUGCUAAGUAUAGAGUCGAAGUGUAAUGGUGCCGUGAAACCUCAUCUGAAGCAAAUCUCACACCAAAGGUUCUUAGUUAUCAGACUGACGUUAUCACUUGCAUGGUUUUGCCCCCCCGGAGGGGGAUACCCUUAUAAAAAGGUCGGGGAUGCUCGUUGUCUCCUUUGGGGGUAUAAAUCAACGAUUCUGGCCUCACUUGGGGUGUUCAUGACAACACAAAACUAUUUUUAUCUGUCAAAGUAUCUUUCAGGGUGCACCGGGAAAAAAAAAAUGAUAGAAACCGCUCUUAUUUCUGUUUUAGGCUCGAUUUCCGCCGGUCUCUGGAGUCUAGUCUACUAGCGCGGGAUCCUUUUUGGAACGGUGGCCUGUAAUCAAGCCUAUAUAUUCCGUUGUGGUAUCUUUUAGGGGUCAAAUAAUACUCGAAUCACGCCCAGAUCGGUCUCCUAUAGGGGUUUGAGCAUCAAGCAUCCCCGACCUUUUCAUUUGGGANCCCCCCCCCCGCCAGCCCCCAAGACAUGUUACAUGCUACCUCUGUAAAUCUGAAGCGUGUUUGAAUACUUCUUUUUAAAGGGUGCGAAAUAGAAAUAAAUGCUGUAUCAUUUUUUGACAACUAUUUUAUUUCAGUAACUCCCCUUUCUUGUCAGGAUACAAGCGUUUAGGCGUUUUUAGUGAUGUUGCUAACGGGAGCACUAAACAAAGCUGGAUGAAAAUGGUUUGAUAGUUCAGUCUUGAGAAAUCGUAGAGUCAUUGAGUGUACGAGUCGAAAUUUAACUGUUAAACAGUUUCUGCUGUAAAGUCAAUGAUAAUCCCGCUAUCUCGAAAAGGGAAACGAAAAAUAUAGGUUCGAGAUGUCGGGGGUUUGAAAAAGCCAAAAGAAACUGACUGACAAAGUAUCACCGAGGGUACACGAGUGGG